AUGCCCCAAGGCCAUGGGACAAGGCUGAACCACCUCCCCCAUACCAGCAUAAAAGCCAGCCCAGAGCAUCUCUCCCUCACACACUUCACCUCACGCCUUCUCCUCCUGCUUUCUUCUCUUCCAGGGACCCUCCACACCACACCCAUGGCCUGCUAUGACAUCUGCCGUCCCUGCGGACCCACCCCGCUGGCCAACAGCUGCAAUGAGCCCUGUGCCCUGCAAUGUCAGGAUUCCCGCGUCAUCAUCAACCCUUCCCCUGUGCUGGUGACCCUGCCCGGACCCAUCAUGACCUCCUUCCCCCAGAACACCGCAGUUGGAUCCUCCUCCUCGGCUGCCGUUGGUAGUGAGCUCAAUGCCCAGGGACAGCCCAUCUCUGGUGGAUUUGGCUUUGGCCUUGGCUAUGGCUAUGGGCUGGGCUGCUAUGGUAGAAGGGGUGGCUACAACUGCUAA